AUGAGCCAGGUCAGCAGCCCGUUGAUCUCUGCGAAGAUCUUCGACGCCUCUAUCGGCGCCUUGUUGGUCGGUGUGGUCUUCCAGGCGAUAUCGUACGGCGCUCUUUGCCUGAUGGCGUGGAAGUAUUUUCGGCGACCCGUCACAGACUCGAACAUAUUCAGAGUGACUAUUUUUCUCCUCUGGUGGGGAUUUUCCGCACAAAAAGCUUUUUGCCUGGCGACCGACUUGCACGCCCUGUAUUAUUUCACUAUCACGAACUUUUUCAAUCCAUAUGGUCUGCUGAGGGUUCCAUGGAGUGUUUGUCUGCUAGGAGUCGAAAUGGGUCUUGUGAUCACUAUUGUCAGAAUCACGUUUUCGAAUCGUCUCCGGAGAUUCUAUAAAGCCAGGGGAGAACUGGAUGGAUGGCGUUUGGCCCCGUUGUGUCUCGUAGUUUUCGUAUCAAUAGGUAACUUUGGUACGUCGUUUGCUUUCUUUUCUCGCAAAGAGGAUGAACAAAAUUCGCGCCGUUUAGCACUCAGUAUCGCAACAUCGGUUAAGAUGUUUGUCUCCCCAAACCAAACCGAUUUGUUCAAACUCAAGUUCGUCGCAAGCCCUAGGACACUUUUAUAUGUCCCCUUCUACAUCCAAAUCGCUAAUUACUACCUGAUCUCGCUUGUCGCAUCGCUCAACUAUCGCGAACUCAUUCGAUCUCAAUUGCAGAGGCCACUCUCACUGGACUUUUCCGCCUUUGAUAGAUGUGCCCCAGCUCGACCUACUGCGGCGCUGACUUCUCAAUCCAUCGCAUGCGCGUCCACUCCUACCUCCUCAGCGCAAAGUAGCGAUAGAAUGCAGAAAUGGAAGUCGGAAAAGGAAAUUGUGCAGCAUGAUAUGAUUUUGGUACCGGAAUGCGAGAAGAUGGUUGCGAGAAAUGGAGCGGGAGUCAUGGAUAUGUCGAAUGUCGAAAAUAAAGCAACAUGGCGUGCUUAUCCGGAACUCUCGGAUGACAGAGGAUUGGCGGAUGUAACUGAUAUUGAACGUCAAGAUGCGGAGUGA